CGGAAGUUGGAAACAGUGACGUCAUGUCAACAACAUGGAAGAAGCUAAAGACGAAACUACACAUCAAAGAGAGAGACAUAAAACUCAACUAUAUAUAGAUGUUAAAGCUACACAAUGGCCAAUCAUUUAUUCAGCGGAAUAUAAUAUUGGAUUUUUAGGGUUAGAAAAGUUGCAUCCUUUUGAUUCAGCUAAAUGGGGAAGAGUAUUUGAAUUUCUAAAAGAGGCGGGUAUGGUACGAGAUGAUACUAUUAUUAGUCCAUUAGAAGCCAGAGAGGAAGAUCUCACUAUAGUUCACAGUAGAACAUAUUUAAACAGUUUAAAGCUUACAGAUAUUAUUGAGGGAAUAUCCGAGUGGAGUUGGAAUGUUGCAGGAAUCACAGAAAUCCCACCGGUUGCCUUGUUGCCAAAUUUUGUCGUCCAAAGAAAAGUUUUACGUCCAUUUAGAUAUCAAACUGGUGGAACUAUAUUAGCAGGAAAGUUAGCCAUAGAUCGAGGCUGGGCUAUAAACAUAGGAGGAGGGUUUCAUCAUUGUUCUGCUGAAAGGGGUGGAGGAUUCUGUGCCUACGCUGAUAUCACCUUGUCUAUCAAGUUUCUGUUCGAGAAAGUAGAGGGUGUAUCUAAAGUUAUGAUUGUAGAUUUAGAUGCCCAUCAGGGUAAUGGACAUGAACGUGAUUUUAUGUCCGAUGACAGAGUUUAUAUAAUGGAUGUUUAUAAUCGAGGAAUUUAUCCACAUGAUGGAUUCGCAAAACGUGGUAUCAAGAGAAAAGUAGAAUUACAACAUUUUACAGAAGAUGAUACGUAUCUUAGUCUUGUCAGAAAUCAUAUUGAAGGUAGUUUAAACGAGUUUACACCUGAUAUUAUUGUAUAUAAUGCUGGUACAGAUAUAUUAGAUGGUGAUCCAUUGGGAAAUCUAUCUAUCUCACCUCAGGGAAUAAUAGAAAGAGAUCAGAUAAUAUUUCAGAAAGCAAGAACCCGAAAUAUUCCUAUAUUUAUGGUAACAAGUGGAGGGUAUUUAAAAGAAACAGCAAGAAUUAUAGCUGACUCCAUUUUAAAUCUUAAAGCUGUAGGGUUAAUAAGAUGUGAUGAAGCAGAGUUUUCAGAUAUCCCUGAAAUAGAAGCAGCCAUGACACGAAGUCAAAGUGAUGGGGGUCUUUUCUCUAAAAUGAAACGUGCUUGCCUGUCAAGAUCCUCAACAACAGAAUUAAAUCAAAUAGAUAAUAUACAACAUGCUUCAAAUACUCGUUAACACACUAACACAUGCUUUCAGAAUGUCUUAUUUCUUUCAGCAAGUCUGGAAAUAAGGCACCUGUCACAGACAUUGUCAGACUCAAAUUCAAGCCUAAGUCUUUUAUCAGUGUUUAUAAUGAUAUGAUGGCUGCAUAGGAGUACAAGCUGGUUAUUUUGUAAAUGCCAACAUUUUUAUGUUGACGUAUAUUGUCGUCACUCCGGUCCGCCCGUAAUUUUUUUCUGAUUUUGACGAAGCUUAAAAUUUAGGUUUAUCGCCUGAAGAUCUCCAUUCCUUUCGAAAUCGGACCAUAACUACCCGUCAAAAUGUGUAAAAGUGUGUAAUACCAAGGUUGUGGACCUGCUAGAGGUCACAAUUUUUGUCCGAUUUUGAUGAAACUUAAAAUAUAUCUUUAUAUCCCAAAGAUCUCAGUCCCUUUCGAUCUUCGCUUAUUUCAGACCAUAACUGCUUGGAUUAUGGCUACUGAUUGUACGAAAAAUCGCUUGUUCUCUAUCCAUCUCUUGCAAAAUGUGGGCGUAUCUUGGUUGGCAACUGCUGGUUUCUAUGGUGAUCUCUCCAAUGCUAUGGAGAAGAAUUUUGUCCCGACACUGGCGUUUCUGUCUUGUCUUCAUCUAAUUCCAACUCAUUUUACGUGCACGCCAACGUUUACACAGGUAUAUGGCUGGCCAUAUUGUCUAAUAUAUAAAACAGGUUAUAUUAAUGAAUCCAUUGUAAAUAUUACAUAACUUAUCAAAAUGAUUUAUUCAGUCAUGUAAAAGUACUUCAUUAAAUUGUGAUUUUUGUAAAUAUUUCAGAUUUACUUAAUUGUCAUAUUCAAUUCUUAAUAUUUCAAUCAUCGAAUUUUCUAUAUGUUGCUUUAUAGUGUUUAUUAAUUGAAAUGUUUUUAUUGAGAAGGAUUUAUAUUAGCGAAAUAUGAUUUGUUGAAAUGUCCCAUUCUGAUACUAUAAGUAACAAUUUUGUUAUUUAUUUUAAAAAAUCAGCUACAUCCAGUCUUUGCAUACUAUGAUAUGGUCAUCUACGAACUUACUGAACCGUACGAACUUCUACAUUUCUCAAAUACAACGUGAGAUAAAUCUAAUUCUUAAAUUGGUAGUCCUCAUCAUGUCAAGUAUUCGGGAGGCCCAAGGAAACCAGUUGGUCCGAGGGCCCAGGGCUACCUAGCCUUCUCCUAUCUACAAACUUCUUGAAUCUUACAAACUUGAACAUUUCUCAAAUAAAACGUUUGAAAACUCUUAUUCUUAAAUUGAUCAGCUACCAAAAUAAAGUUUGGUAUCAGCGAAGUGAUGUUAUAGAGAGGUUAUUUUGUAAAGAGAAACUAUGUUUGGGAGUGGGUACUUAAUUUGAAAUUUGAAACAUCAAAAAAUGAAUAUGAAGUUAAGAAGCAAAUGGGAUAGAAUUUCAAAAAAUAAAUAAUUUUAAACAAACUCUAGAAAAUCAAAAUUAAGAAAUUUAAAAUGGAUGAAGUAGAUGUUUUGUAAACAAUGACAAACUGUUUAUCAAACUUUUAUGAUUUAGUUUUUUUGUGAUAAGCAAGAUUUCCUCACAAUAAGAUUCAAUUAGAAAUAUAUUUGUAUGAUUUUUUUUUUCUGGAGCUGUAUUGGACUUAAAGUUACAAUUUCAUAUUUUCUAAGAAAGUCAAAACAUAAUUAUUUCUAUGUCUUUUGCUCAAUAGGUUGUCAACUCACUAUUAUACGAUCAUAGGUUAUCUUUCUCACACUUAAAAAUCUUCACACUGGAAAUAAUAACACAAUUACCUACCAAUUUCCUCCCUUGUUUUCCUAUUCCCCACCAUGGAAUAGCUAUCUUCAAAUGUUUGAAUUUGAGGUUGAAAAUGAUAUUUUUGCCAAUUUCUCAACUGGCAAUAGUGAAUUAUAGGAUUAAUAGGAUUAUUCUUUAACAAGGUAGGACUGUUUAUAGAUACCAUCUAUUUUAAGGCUUUAUUUUAAUACAUUUUAAAAAUAUAACUUAAAAAUAUGAAAUUGUAACUUUGAAGCCACUGAUUGUUGUUUGAUAGGAUUUAAAUCACAAAAUUGUGAAAGCUGAAUCCCUUCGAGCAAUAAAACACUAAAAAUGGUUUAAUUCCAUUCAGUAUUUACAAAGACAGGAUGAAUUGAAAAUUUCAUAACAUUCUUCAUCAUCUGUAGAUGACAUAAUACAAGACAAAUCUUUUCAAGUCCGCUUGAAUCGAAGCCGUGAGAUCAAAUACCAUUGAUAUUUUUGUUUGUUAAAUAAUCAAUUAGAGUAAAUAUCAGCAUGGAGUAAGCCAUGAAAAUUUGAAUAUCUUAUGAAAAUAGAAAUAAUGACCACUGGCUUUAAAUUAUAGUAGUCCCAUAAUGCCAUAGUUUAUCUUUUAAGAAAGACUAACAGAAUAUUGUUGUUUUAUUCGUGCGUGCAAAGUUAUAUGUCCCCGGUAUUCUUUUUUUUUUUUUAUCUCUGCACAAUUUUGCGACAAUGUUGUCAUAUGGUAAUGUAUUAUUAAUAUUUAAUAUCCAUGUGUUAUAUAGACAUUGUACAUAUACCAGUAUUUUAUAUUUAUUAUAUUAACACAUUCAGCUUAUUUAUUUAAUUAACUUGGUCAAUCAAACACAUUUAGCUCAUUCAUUUAAUUAAUUAACAUUCAGCCCCAUUCAUUUAAUUAAUGUGUUAAAAUAAUAUUAACGCUUUUCAUUAAAUACUUGUCAUUAAAAUAUAUUAACACAUUUAGCUCAUUCAUUUAAUUAGCUCAUUAAAAUAUAUUAACACAUUUAGCUCAUUCAUUUAAUUAACUCAUUAUGUUAUAUUACCACAUAUAGCUCAUUCAUUUAAUUAACUCAUUAAAAUUUAUGAACACAUUUGUUAAAAUAUAACACAUUCUGCUCAUUCAUCUAAUUAACUAGUUAAAAUAUAUUAACACGUUCAGCUCAUUAAUUUUAUGAAUUAAUUUGUUGUUGAAAUAUAUCACAUUUAGCACAGUGGGUUAAUAAACAAGCUUGUCGUGAAAAAUUUAGCACCUUUAACAUAUCCAUUUAAUUAAUAAACUUGUUAAAAUAUAUUCAGCUCAUUCGCUCAAUUAAUAAACUUGUUAAAAUAUAUCCAGCUCAUUCACUUAAUUAACUUGUUAAAAUAUAUUCAGCUCAUUCGCUUAAUUAAUUAACUUGUUAAAAUAUAUUCAGCUCAUUCACUUAAUUACCUUGUUAAAGUAUAUUCAGUUCAUUCACUUAAAUAAUUAACUUGUUAAAAUAUAUCGCAUUCAGCUCAUUCAUUUGAUUUGUCAUUAUCAUUGAUAACUAUUCCUGUCAAAAAUGAUCCUAAAAAUGAAGAGACACUUAUCGUCAAUUGUUUUGCAAUUUUACUGUUUCUAGCUGUGGAAUACCGGUAGAUUUAAAUGACUUUGCUACAUGCCGGUAAUACUGUGAUUUUAUUUUCAGUUAGAUUUCAUUCAUCAUAUUUGAAUUUAAUACACAUAUAUAUAUAUAUGUAUAUAUAUUUUAAGUUAGAUUUAAUUCAUCAUUAUUUAUUUGAAUUAAAUAUUCCAGACAUUAUAUCUGAUAAUGUUGUUUUAAUAUUAUAUUUGUUAAACUUAUUGUUGUUACUGAAAGUGCAUGUUAGCUGAAUUUUAAUGUUAUAUUGUUUUAUUAAUUGUUAUUGAAAGUGCAUGUGAACAGAAUUUUCAUAUUGUAUUGUUUUAAUUGGAUCAAUUCACUUUUCACUGUUAUUGAAUAGAGAGGUGAGAUAAUGAGUUAUUCAUGUUUGAUGUGUUUUCUAAUUUUUAAGAGAAACAUGAAUUUACCUUGAUUUAAGCCAAAUGUCACAUUUUAGCAGGUGACAUGAAUUUACAUUACAUGUGGAACCAGUUAUUUAAGAGAUAUAAAUUCUCAUUUAUACAGUUCUAAGAACAUUGGUGUAAAUUCAUGGUCCACCACCCACUGGAAUGCCAAAAUCAUUAUUGAUCCAAAAAUUAUUCAAAUCAAUUAACAGUCCUAUUCAUAACCCUGGUAAGUUACUGGAUUUGGGGUUUUAGAAAUAUCUCAUUGGAACUUUCCUACUGUAUCCAUUAUUAUAGAACAUCAUCAAAAUCUUACUUGGAUAAGGUCACAAAGUUGAAAUUCUUGUAGAGAAUAUAGAGGGAAAUGGUAUCAGAUUCUUCAGAUAUCUUCUUAAAUGGUUAUUGACAGUAAUUAAUUAUGACAUUUGAUGACAGUUAAAGGAAACAUCCCACAUAUUUUUUUAGUGAAUCAAGUGGAUUAAUUGUGUGUGCGGCAAAGUCUUGAUCAUAGUCAUGUACAGCUAUGUCAAGCUCUGUGGUACAGUUUCUCAGAAAUAUGAAAACUCUCUUUCCAUAUGUGGAAAGUUCCCAAAAUGCACGCUGUUCCCAAGUGCUUGGACCGUCAUGUGUACGUACUUGCCUAAAUUACAUCACGUCUGAACAAUAAAAUUCCUUAAAAGAGUUCUGUAAUCACGUCGAGCGUCUCAAUAUUUUGAGCUGAAACAUUCUGACGAGCUAUUAGGUUGAUUUCUCUACAUUUUGGCUUUUGGUUAGCAUACAUAAAACCACUUUAUUUCGUGACUGCCUCUUUACAAUUAAUGUUAGAUAUUCCUGACUGGGUUGUGUGUAGGACUGUUAAUUCUAUUUGACGGAUUUAAGUUUACAAUAGUAAAAUCAAAGAGUAAUUGUUGUCAUAAAUGAUCUUACUGUUUAUAAUUCAUGGCAUCAUUAAUGGAGCUUUGAAAUAAAAUAUUCAAAGGUA